AUGUUUUCAAAGCAAAUUACCUCUCUUGUACGAUCUCAAUCUAUUUUUUCAUCUGUUGUAUUUAUGACUUCUGUUAGGUCUUUUUCUCGUAAUUAUGUAUCUAAAAGUAGAAAACUUUCAUCUUCACUCGUUUCAAUAACUUCUCAAAAUUCACGCGAAUUUUUAUCUAUGUCUUCAAUACCAACUUCAAAGGAAGAACAGCAACCACUUACUCCUCAGGUAACUUUUCAAGGACGAAAACUACCUGAUCAUUUGAUAAAUUUCGCUUCACCUCCUGGCAAAGAACUCUUUAAACAAGCACUUAACGAAGGUUAUGCCGAGGGUUACUUUAACUUGUCUAGUUGUUUCUCACAUCAAAUGGAACCAGCUUACUGUGGUUUAAGUUCUUUAUCAAUAGUUCUUAAUGCUUUACAAGUUACAGGUGCUCCUGUCUGGAAAGGACCAUGGCGAUGGUGGUCAGAUGAACUUUUAAACUGUUGUGCGAAAAUCGAAGAAGUAAAAAAAUCCGGAAUUACUUUUGAUCAAUUUGCAUGUUUAGCAAGAUGUCAUUGCGACACUGUUGUUAAACGUGGUAAUAAAGUGACAAAAGAAGAAUUUAUUUAUGAUUUAAAAACUGUUUGUUCUCGUUCUGAUAUUUUUAUGGUAAUUUCUUUUUCGCGAGAAACCAUGCAACAAACUGGUGACGGUCAUUUUUCACCUGUUGGGGGAUAUAAUCCUGACAAAAAUAUGGUUCUUAUAUUGGAUACCGCCAGAUUCAAAUAUCCAUCAUACUUUUCUUCGGUUGAUUUAAUAUAUGAAGCUAUGCUUCCAUUGGAUAAAGAAACUAAUCUUUCACGAGGUUAUUUCCUUCUUUCUUCAUAUACAUCUCAAAAGGCCAUUUCCCUUUGUAAAUUGUCUCAAGAAGGAUUUAAUACGGUAGUAAAUUGGACUACCCUUGGGAAAACUUUUUGUAAAGAUAUUCCUGAUCGCUUAAUCACUGAAAGACCAAAAACUUUAGAGGAGGUGAUAAAGGUGGUUUUCAACGAUCCGUUUAUAAGGUCAUUACAAAAUGCUAUGCAACGUGAUGUUGAUAAGUCUACCAGUUUUGAAGGGAAACCGGAAUCUGGUGAAUAUUACCUUAGCUAUUUAGUCAACGAUAUUAUCAUGUCGCCUUUAUAUCCAGUUGUUGAAUCUGUAUUUAAGAAACAAUCGUCAUCUCCAACACAACUUAACGAAAAUCAGACAGCUUUCGUUACCCUUUUCCUGCUUUCAUUUCCCACCAAAUUAUUCACGAUUUUGUCUCCAGAAUUAGUAAUUGAAUUGGAACAAUAUCGUGGUCGUACUAAUAUGUCUUCAGAAUUAAAACGUGAGGUGGAAAAGGUAAAUGAAGAAAUUGUGGACUUGAUUGAGAAUUUUUGCACCUGUAUGCAUGUCACAAAAGCCUUUUCAAUUUCAUGGGUUCACGAAGAUCUAUUAGCACAUCCACAGUAUAAAGUAUUUAUUUAUGAAAAUCAAUUAAUUCAAAAUAGUAGUUUAGAAAAGUUUGCGUUCGACGAUGUACAGACGGAAUCCAGUAAGGUUCCUACAUUAUCACAGUCAAGUUCAGAAGAUAAUGAGGAUUCAAAAUAUAUUUCAGUUAUAAUGCGUACAGCGACUAGACAGCCGUAUGUUUGUCAAAUACCUUAUAUUGCUAAUCAAACUUCGGAUGAAGAAAAUCCUGAAGAGAAUAGAGAAGAUGUUGACCUUAUGAGAAAAGGUUUAGCAUUAUUGGAACCAUUACAAAAUAAUUGUCUUUAUUAUAAUCAAGGAUGGUGGACUUAUGAAUAUUGUCAUCUAAGUCACGUUAAACAAUUUCAUCAAAUCAUUCGGCCUAACAUGAAACCUAUUGAAGAUAGAUCAGUAGCUUCAUUUUACUUAGGAAGAUAUGAUCCUCGUCAUGCAACUUUACCAUCUUCUUACAAGGAUAAGGAGGGCUCAAAGAAUUCUCAACAACAACUAGGUACAGAUUUACAAGCCGGUGGUGGUAAAAAAUAUUUGGUGCAAAGGUGGAGUGACGGAACAAAAUGCGAUUUGACGGGUAAACCUCGUAAAGUUGAAAUUCAGUUUCAUUGCAAUCCACAGUCCAAAGAUGGUAUUUCAGUAGUUACAGAAAUGUCUACAUGUUAUUAUCUUGUAGUUAUACACACACCAAGAUUAUGUAAUGAUCCUGCAUUCCUUAGCAAAAAUUUAAAUAAAGUUAAUCAUAUUGAAUGUAGAAGGGUCGUUUCAGAUGAAAGAUUUGAUCAAUAUAUGGAUAAAGAACGAAAAAGUUUAGAGAGUGGAGAAAAUGAAGGGGUGAUGAGCAAAGAAAAAGAACGUAAUGAUGACGAAUUAAAUGAUCCUUCAGAUGAAGGAUCAAUUGAAGAAGAAAAUAAUAAUGCUAAAGGACAUCCAAUUCAAAUUUAUUUUAUGGAUGAAAAUGGACAAUGGACAUUAGUUGAUGGCAAUGAAGCUGUGUUAAAAAGAAAUGAAUAUGAGAAAGACGAACCUAGUUAUUCAGAUUAUCAACAUAUUUUGGAAAGUUUAAUUACGCAAAAUCUUCAAGUUCGUCCUAAUAAUCCUUUCAAAAGGAAAGACAAUUUUGAAUCAGAUUAUUAUCAACAAAGUCAUCAAGCAAAAUUGAGUUUAAUUUAUGAAAUGGAUUAUGAAAAUGAUAACGAUAAAUUAGAUAAUA